AAGUCAACCCAGACAACACAGAGAUGGAACCUGUCACCACCAGCUAUGUUGGGAACAUUAAUACAACAGAGUACAGCUACUAUGAUACAGAGCCAUUAAUCCCAAUGUGUAAAGCUGACGACUAUAAAACGACCACCGGAGUCUGCUACGCCAUCAUCUUCUUCAUUAGCAUCCUUGGAAAUGGUUUCCUCAUUGGUGCAUUGACCUGCUACGAAGAUGUGAAGCGGGCCACCAAUCUCUUCAUGUUCUGCCUGGCGCUUUUCGAUCUUCUGUUCACCCUGACCUUGCCUUUCUGGUCCGCGGAGUUCCUUCAUCAUUGGGUUUUCGGUGACGUUGUGUGUAAAAUCAUGACCGGGGCAUAUUUUGUAGGCAUCUACGGAAGUCUCAUCCUUCUGACCACCAUGACCCUUGAUCGAUUUGUUGUGGUGGUGGUGAGAAGCUAUUGGCUAACAAGGAGUCGAAGGCUUAAAUGCGCAAAAGGCGCCUGCAUCGGCGCCUGGAUCAUCAGCUUGAUUGCUUGUCUGAGAGAUUCGGUCUCGGCAAAAGUGCAAGACAUACACAUAGAGAACUAUUCUUGUCAAAGCAUCAGCACAACUGAUGAAAAGUUUGGAUAUUACGCGCAGCUCAUUCUGCUGUUCUUCGUGCCAUUCGCUGUCAUCGUUUUUUGUUACGCUAAAAUCCUCCUGACCUUCAUGUCAACGUCGACCAAGCAAAAAUCCAGGACUGUGAUAUUGGUGCUGUGUAUUGUUGUAGCUUUCUUCAUAUGCUGGGGUCCCUAUCAUAUCAUCGUGGUCUUGAUGUCCAUCUAUGAUUUCGAUGCCUGCAAGCAUUAUGAGCUGCAUAUUGCAUUUAUCGUCUGCAGGAUUCUGGCAUUUUCUCACUGCUGCAUUAACCCGGCACUGUAUAUCGUCCGAGGGAAGUACAGAAAGCUGUUGUGCAGCUUGUUGUUUUGCUCUCCAGAUCUCAGACACUCCAGGUCUUACAGAGGACCGACGGAUCCCAGCGACUUUAGGGAGCAUUCCUGUGUGAAUGAAACAGGAAACUGUGGAGCGAUACAAACUAAUGCCACAGAGAUUUAGACUGCUGGUAUGCACACAAUUGAUUUGUGUUGGGGCAACAUGAAGGAAUUAAGUUAGCUAUUAGAUUUUACAACAUAAACAUAAUUAAGUUGCCCCCCCCCCCUCCUCUCAAAAAAAACCUCAGGAAAUGUGUUGUUUCAGCUCAUUUUAAAUAAGCAGCUAAAUGAGUAGUGUAUGAUAUUUUUUUUACUUAGAGAAAAAUAAUAUGGUUUGUAUAA